AUGAGAGGCUUGCCGCUGCUGCCGAGGAAAAUCAAGGGCUUCGAGCAUGAAUUAUCCGCGGACGAUAUCACCAUCUGGACCAAGCCGGGCCUUUCCCCGGGAAAGAAUCAAGACGCACUGCAGCAGGCGUUCGAGAAGACCGAGAGCUACCUGCGUAAGUGCGACCUCGCGUGCGCCCCGGAGAAGUCCGAGCUGCUAGCGUUGAGGGCGAUGACGAGAGGGCGUCCUCCACUGGAGACGCCACACCCCGAAGUGACACUGAACGGCGUAAGAGUAACUAAGGUGGACACGCUUCGAGUCCUGGGGCUCACUUUGCAAAAGGACGGCGCGGAAAUGGCUACCAUCAACACACUCAACAACACCAUCGCGCAGGUCGUUCAACUAAUACAGAGGGUGGCGAACCGCAGACACGGCCUUAAGGAGCAAGAUACGCUCAGGAUAGUGCAGGCCCUGGUCACCAGUAGGGUGACGUACUGCACACCUUACCUGGGAUUCAAAAACAGCGACCGAGACAAGCUGGACGCCCUCAUAGCAUGUGGCACACAAGAUGGCCCUAGGGCUAUCCUAGACGGUGUCCACGGAAAAUCCACUGAGCCUGGGUAUCCACAACACAUGGGAAAGCUGGCAGAAGGUCAUAGAACAAGCCAACUCGAGAGAAUCAAGCUGACCAAACCGGAAAGAGACACCCUGAGAAGCCUGGGAUACGGAGUAGAAGCAACACCACCUAGACUGUCUAGUCUAGGUGGUGUUGGCGACAAAAAGGGCCCCUACACGCCUCUUCGCCUGAACGUCCUGGAAGGCGAGCAGACGUCCCUUCCGUGCCCCAUCAACACGGCGACCCGCGAGCCGAUUUCAGCCGUCUGGUUCCACGUCGCCACACACGCCUACCAAGAAUAUGGCAGCUCGCCGUACUACACCAACGGCCACCUGCAGGCGAAGAGGGUUUACGCGAUCGAAGCGCCGGAACCCUCUGCCACGGCGUUGGGAGGAACUGCCGGUCUGGUGGACGGAACGCACUGGAAGCGGCCGUCGUGGUCGGGCAGGGCGUUCUUCUCGCUGCUCAGUGACCCGCCUGCUUUGCGGCUCAACCGCUUGGAGCGCUCCGACAGCGGAAACUACGACUGCAACGUCACCUACCGCGACAACGUCACUUCCGUUGUUGUAGUGGUGACGGAGUCCCGCGUGGAGCUUUUCGUGGCUGCGCAGGCAUGCCCACCGUCCAUCAAGGACGCCCGGGGCACGACGAUCAAGGACACAGCUGGACCGUACGCCGAGGGAGAGGUGGUGCGACUGACCUGCGAAAUAGAAACGUGCGACCACGACGUGACGCUCGUGUGGUACCAGAACGGCACGCAGCUGAGGACGGCCCGCGGAACGGUGGUGACAACCGAUGGUGGCUGGAAGAACCUGGUCACCGUGGGCCCCCUGAGUCGCCGCGAUCUGCACUCGAACAUCACCUGCCUUGCUGCCAGCAACGUCUCGCUACCCGGAUCGGCCACGGUUCUUCUCGACCUGUACUCUACAGAGCGCGAGCCACCAAAUAAGAGUGCUACGGCGGAUACGACCAUCGGCCCCAGCUUUCCGUUGUCUGCAGACGCCAAGGUGGCAAAAAGUGAGGCCGCGGCUCGGGCAUCGUUCGACUCGCCUUCUGAACGCUUCUCCACGAAGCCCAGGAGCUUCGAAUGCGAAGCCACUGGUAGCCGACCGGCGGCAAAUGUGACGUGGUUUCUGGACGGAACUGCAGUAGACCCGGCCUUCAGCCGAAGUGUGUCCGAGGGCAACGUGACGACGAGCAUGCUUCUGCUGCCGGCGUCUGCGCAGUCCGGCCGGCUGCUCGAGUGCCGUGCCAUCAACGGCAACCUGCCCGAGAGCCGAGGCGUGCUCAGCCGCUUCCUCAAAGUGGACAUGUCGCACAAGACGGAGGUAAGUAUACGGCUCGGCGUCGGUCUCAAUGCAAGCCGCAUCACCGAAGGAGCCGAUGUGUACAUGGAGUGCUCGGUGCUGGCUGCCUCCAAGGUCACCGAGGUCACCUGGCGUCACGAGGGAGGCGAAAUCAAGGGGUCCGCGGGCGGCGAAGGCUCGUCCGACGCUCUGGUCACCUCGCGCUACCUGGUCAUCCGAGGGGUGACCGUCGACCAGUCCGGACGGUACACCUGCACGGCUAACACUGCUGACGGCGAAAGCGUCCAGAGUGCCCCGCUGGAGGUCCGCGUCAGACACGCGCCCCGAUGCGGCGUUCGGCGCGAGAAGCUCCUAGCGGCGCGGCCCAACGAGCCACUGAACGUGACCUGCGACGUGAGCGCGGAUCCCAGCGAAGGGCUGCACUUCUUCUGGAUUGCCGAGGAUGACACCGGGAAGAGGCGUCAUGUUACGCGUAGAGAGGGCGCCACUGGAGCCGAGGGCCCGGACUUCGAAGACCGGCUUCCGGAACUGCAAGACUCGAACCGGCUCGAAGUGCUCGUCGACGUGCACCUGUUUCACGCGACGCUUCUCUGCUGGGCGAGGAACAGCGUGGGCACGCAGCGGGAGCCUUGCAGACACCGGUUCCAGCUGAGACGUGAGCGAGCGUCGAGCCUUGACUGCGUGGUGGGUAACUACACGGAUACGUCAUUCUCGGUCACGUGUGCGUCGCGCCGACGCGGCCGCGCCAGGAGCGGCGGCGACGACCAUGGAGCUCCAGCAGCUAAGUCCCGACUGCGCAUCGAGCUGUUCGAUGCGACGGCCGGUAACCGGUCGGUACGAGGCUUCUGGGUCGCGACCGAGACCGGCAGCGCCAUCACCGCCGGCGGUGAGCCGCUGUUGCUGACGGGCCUCAAGCCGGCCACGGACUACCUGGUGGUGGCGCGGCUAGAACCGGAAGCGAACGCGUUCACCACCUACGUCAGGACCCUGGCGCCUGCCCAGACUGUCAGAGAACGGGAAGAGCACGCAUCGACGGAAAGCACAACCAGGGUGCCUCCCAUGACGACUACGAUCACUGUCAUCGCUUGCAUCGUCGCCACCGCCACGUUAGGCCUAGCAGCCACCGGCACGGCGCUAUGGUUCAAGUACCACAGGAGACGAUCUCGACUGCUGAGCGCCGCCGCUGCUCGAAAGCACGCCGAACACAAGGCGUACCUCGCUUCAGACGCUUCGUGCAGCUGAUACUGCGGACACAAGCGGAACGCAUUUUGCUAUUAGAACUCUCACACCUUCCUCUAGUUCACUGUGUUCGCACCUUCAAGUCCUUACCAACAGUGUCGUUCACGAUGAAACAUCGCGAGAACGAGACGUGCCUUCACUUACAAAUGUGUGCUUAUUCACCCUUAUCGAUACCGUGCGUCGGUAAAUGCGUCAAGAAGACAAAAAUGAAAGAGAACCCAUCUCCAAUUGUGUUCGCACACAGAAAGCGUAUGCUAAAACCGUCAUGCUCAUUGUCCUACGCCUAGGAAUGUGUGUGCAAAAGCUUUACGACCAAUCUGGCAGCAUUUUAAUGUCUUAAUUUGUGACUGUAAACCUUCCAUUUCCGUUCCUGCAUCCCGAGGUUCUCAAGUUCCAUUGACUAGCUUUGCUACGUCAGGUAGCAUCUUGCUACGAAGUCUCACAACCAAUUGUGACAACUGCGUAAUUAUUGAUCUGCAGAAAUAUGGAAUUCAUUGCCUUCAGGUGUCAAAACUAUGUUGCAUUUAUCCUUCCGAAAGGAAUUCGCUGUCGUAUUUUUUGAAUACGUAAUUCAAUUUCCUGCUAUUAAGGCUAUACAUAGUUCCUGCCUGCUUAUUUUAAUGUUGCACUUAUUCUAGUCAUUGAGGUUAAUGCACUUCGUAUUAUAUUUUUUUUCUCAAUUACGUGACUUAAUACACCGCGUAGUAAUUUUUAUAGACUGUAUUUGUACGUCCUUGUGUGCGUAAACUGGGAAUGGCUGUCUGUACGACGCGAUGGCCACGCCAGCUUUAGCGCACGUGAUAACAGCUGCAUAUAUAGAGCGUGCCGAACUCAGUCACGAAGCGGCAAAAACAGUUACGGACCUCACAGUGAAGACGAGCAUUGAGACGUUUCGGAAGCGUACUGGCAAGGCUGCAUAGCCGUUUCCGGCGUGGCUGGGGUCAUUUAAGCACACGUGUGGGUAAACUUGCGCGCCCCAUGCGCGAGACCUAACCUAACCUAAAAUGUUCGCGCACCGUUCAAGCGAGCCACUCAUGUCCCGGCCAUCGCAUCGUACGGAUAACCGUUGCCGGUAGACCCGCACCACGCCGUGUGGAUAGACAGUCAUCUUUCUAUGAUUGAUGGACUAACGGGAGGGCUCGCGUUCUCAUUUUUC